AUGGAGACGGUUCCGGGAGAUAUACCAAUGGGAGAAGAUGCAGACGAUAAUGCACAAGAUGUUGCUGAUCACCAAAAGAAUCUCGGCUCUGAUACAGCUCUCGUGUCCUUACUCGAGGGUUUCAAGGGGCCCAACACUUCGGUCCAGGUCCUGACCACUGACGGUAGCAGCUUACCAGUUAUGGAUGUCGAGGACGCCAAAGCCAGUCUCAUAUUUAUCCCUGACCCGGUAGAGAAGGAAAAGGUCAUGGACUUCACCAAUAUCCGACUUGUUUGCCCAAUACCAGUCGAACAAAUCCAAAAUCGCUGGCUCAACAGGAUGAUCCCAAUGCCCUACCAUGUGAGGCAACCUCACCCCCCUACUAUGAACUUUCUACUCUAUCAGAUGCUUAAAUCAUAUGCUGGUACCGCCAUUCGGGGCCGUGGAAUCCUGCCAUUCGUACAUCCGUUACAGACCGCCCAUCCAUCACAGACUGCCGAUGAUGGUUGGUGUGAGCCGUUGUCGACUUGUCUAUCAAUAGUUCGGGUCCUCGAUAACCCGGUCCUUGGUCCAGAGCAAAGCACGACAGACCUCAUCAGGGAGAAGAUGUCUAUAAUUCAAAACGAGUACCUCAGUUACAGGGACGAGAUGAAGUUCUUGGCUGCCUUUCAGGCCUACCUGACUUACACGCUCACGCUAUACUUUUACGUGAAACAAGAACACGAGGACUAUCUAGCCAACGCGAUGGUAGUCCUCCAAGCGCUCGCACGCCAUGUCACAAUGCAAGGCCUCGUGAUCCCAACGAGGGCGCCGAAUUGUCGUCAUAUUUGGGAAGAGUGGGUGGCUGGAGAAGCGAGGCGUCGGACGAUACUAGUCAUGUAUUUGUUCGACGCUCUGCUGGCCAUGCAAGACGGACACCCAACGUACGUUAUGGUAGAGCUGCAGAACCUGCCCGCUCCAGGCCCAAAGUCUCUCUGGCAGGAGACGGUCCGGAGUGACUGGAAAAUUGCGUAUACUGCAUAUGAGCGCUAUUGGGACAAUGGGUCAUAUCUUCGCAUGGUUGAGCUGUGGCCUCCGCCGUCACCCUUAACCAUAGAUGAGUCCGCAACGCUCCGGAACCGCAUCGACCUCUGGCUAGAGGACAUCGAUGAGUUUGGGACGUUUUACUAUGCAUAUAUGGCUGGCUUCUCCUAA